CUCGGAGCCUCGAUUUAGAAUUUGUGAACGUCGAAUGUUGCGUGCAGGAGCAGACGACUUGAUACAAUAUUGAAGUUGCAACCAGAACUAUAGUGUCACACAAUCAGAGAUCAUGUUUCCUGCCUUCCAGUUAGAAAUCAUAUUUGGCAGUAUCAAAGAAUUGCAGCAAACCAAGGCUUACAAUGAAAAAAUGUUGAAUGAGGUUAGAAGUAAAAGAAGAAGUUUGGAAAACAAAUGUGACCAAGUUUCCACGGAACAUGCACAAGUUACUGAUACCAAUAAUAAAAUGAUAGAAUCACUGAAAAUUGCCCAGCAGAAAGUUUGCCAGACACAAAACCAAAUCAGUAGACAGGAAGAUAACAAUGAAACUAUUCGACAAAGAGUAAAAGAAUUGAAUCAGAAAGUGCAAGAAGAAGAAACGAGGCAAGCUCAUGAAAUAGGUGUCUUUGAAAGCAAGCUAGCUGAACUGGCUGAAAAAUUCCAUAGUGCACAGCAAUAUUAUGGACCCAAUGGCCUCAGAAAUGAAAUUACCAGAAUUAUUGAGGACAAAGCUCUGCUUGAAAAUCAAGCAUCAACUAAUGAACAGCAAGCUGAAACUUUGGCCACAAUGUUAAGUCAGAUGAAAGUGGAGAGUGGUGAUUGUCAAGAAGAUGAGAUUCUAUUGGAAACCCAAGUAAUUACUGUAAACAUGUUUCAGGACUCUUACAAGGCGGCAUGCAAUAAACUGAAAGAACUCAAAGAUGAAGAAAAAGAUAUACAAGAGGAAUUUUCAAGGAUAUCUACUUGGGUUCAUCCAGGACAACGAUCUGAUGUUAGAAAUCAAAAUGAAGAAUGAUAGAGCAAUACUUUACAUGCAUUAAUUAUUCAUUGGGUUUUAAUUUCGUUACUCUCGCGGAGGUAAAAUCGGCUAAAUUAAAUGCAUGUGAACUGUAACAAUAGAACAAUAUUUCUUUGCCAAAUUCAUGCACUUAAACCCAGUCAAAGGCUCAAACAUCAAACUAGUACAAUUACAUACCAGUGAAAAUAAAUGGUUUUACAAUUUGUUCUCUCAUAAGGAUAGUGAGACAUUUGAAAUGAUACAACUUUUAAAUAAAUUUACUACUGUAGCAAUUUAGUUUACUCAUUGCAAUGAUAUGCAUCUUCAUUAUUUAUUCAAGUUAAAUGUUACUGUCAGUGUGAUACUAAAUGUGUGUAUACAUUGUACAUUAAAAUUAAAAGUUGUUUGAAGAAA